GGCAGGACAUGUUGUGACGUUACCAGCUCCUCUAGGAAUAUGAGAUAAAAGGAGGCGCUGAGAUCUGUUGAUCACCCACUCACUCUGCUGGAGCUAUGGUUCCCCGAGGCUGCAUCCUGGCUGUCUUGGCUGCUGUCUGCAUCUCCAGGCUCCUCUGCUCACAUGGAGCCCCAGUGGUCCCCACAAGUCCUUACCUGAUGCUGUGCCAGCCACACCUGAGAUGUGGGGACAAGUUCUAUGACCCCCUGCAGCACUGUUGCUAUGACGAUGCUGUCGUGCCCUUGACCAGGACCCAAAGAUGUGGAAACUGCACCUUCAGAGUCUGCUUCGAGCAGUGCUGUUCCCGGACCUUGAUGGUGAAGCUGAUAGGCCAGAACUGCAACUCGGCCUCAACCUUGGAUGACAGGCUUUGUCACAGCUGAUGGAACAUAGGGGAACAAUGACUCCUGGAUUCUGCUUCCUGGAUGGGCCUGGAGAGAGAGGCUGGGGUCACCUGAGAUCUGGGAUGCUGAGUGGCUAUUUGGGGGCAGGAGAAACACACACUCAACCCCCCCCACUUCAUUCUGUGACC